AUGAAAUUUCGCAUCGCGCUCGCCUUCGCGGCGCUGGCCGCGGGCGCCUCCUCAGCCGCGACCGCCGACCACAGCUACGACGCGGGCCAGCGCUGGGGCCCCUACCGACCCAACCUCUACUUCGGCGUGCGGCCCCAGGUCCCCAAGACGCUGCUGGCCGGGCUCAUGUGGGCCGAGGGCGGCGCGCGCAUGCUCGACACGCUGCGCGACACGUGCGAGCAGGACGACGGCAUGGAGGGCUACGGCUGGCCACUCUACGACACGCGCGUCGGCGGCAGGCAGGAGAUGCACGACGCCCGCCUGGGCGUCGACCUGGCUACCGAGUUUGUCAAGACGCCCGACGGCGACAACUGGGCUGUCCGUGUCAGCGGCGCGGCUCGCGGCGGUGGCGUCCCGCCGCAGAUCGCCCUCGUAUUUCACUUUACAAUGGAGGAGAUGGGCGUCGACGAGACGGUCAAGUCGCUGAAGUGCCGGGUCGACGGCGCAGGCGAGGCUGGCGAGGCCUCUUGCAGAGGCACCGAUCAGUCACUGGGUGACUUCACCAUCGAGCUCCUGCCUGACCAGGGCAAUACGGUUGUGGAGGAAGUUUCUGUUAUGGACACGCUGGUGCCGGAGGACCAGAUAUGGCAGGCCAAGGCCGCCUUCACCACCAUAUCCAAGUCUCCGACGACGACAUCUGGGAAUGGCAAAGGAAAUAUCUACUUCUUGAAGACGGUCGUGCAAGCCCCGUUCUCGCUAGACCUGAUAUACUCUACAAAAGGGUCAAAGUCCACCAUAACACAUAAAUUUUACACCUCCUUCCCCCAGCGCGUAGCGAGUGUCUUCCGACCAUCAGCAGCGUUCCAAGGGGAAAAGAACUUCAUAUUUACCCAGGCCCUCCUAUCUAACCUCCUAGGAGGCCUUGGGUUCUUCCACGGCGAUAGCAAACUGGACGAGUCCCGCGCGCCCGAGUACGACGAGACCGACCCCAAGUUUUGGGAGUUGGCGGCAGAGGCCAUGAAGAGGGCAAAAGUGGCCACGGCCCCGCCGCGUUCGCUCCUCUCCCACACCCCCUCGCGCCCCUUCUUCCCCCGCGGGUUCCUGUGGGACAAAGGAUUCCACCUCAUCCCCGUUAUCGAAUGGGACCUCGACCUCGCCGUCUCGGUGCUGCGCAGCUGGCUCGGCCUCAUGGACUCGGACGGCUGGAUCGGCAGGGAGCAGAUCCUCGGCCCCGAGGCCCGCAGCAAAGUCCCGGCCGAGUUUCAGGUCCAGUACCCGCACUACGCCAACCCGCAAGCCCUCGCGCUCCUCUUCCCAACCAUCCUCGACAAGAUGGCCAACCCGUUUUCCUACCGGGGUAGCCCGUCCAGGUACCUGACCGACCCCGACGGGGCGGGGAAAGAGAUACUGCGCGAGCUGUACGGCCUCCUAUCAAAGCACUACGCCUGGUUCCGCCGCACGCAGGCCGGCAACUUCAGCACCGUCUACCCGCGGCCCGAAGGCGCCGCGGCGGCGGCUGGGGAGGGCUACCGCUGGCGCGGCCGCACGCCGCAGCACACGCUCACCAGCGGCCUGGACGACUACCCGCGCGCCAACCCCCCGCACCCCGCCGAGCUGCACGUCGACGCGCUCGCCUGGGUGGGCGCCACCGCGUCGGCGCUCGCACGCCUGGCCGCGCACCUCGGCGAGCCGGCCGACGCCGAGACGUACGGGCGGCACCCCGCGGCCGUGCUCCGCAGCCUCGACCUGCUGCACUGGGACGAGGGCGCGGGCGCGUACUGCGACGCCACCGUCGCCCCCGCCGCCGCCGACGGCCGGUUCGAGCGCGUUUGCCAUUUAGGUUACGUCAGCGUCAUGCCGCUCCUGCUGGGGCUCGUGGGCGCCGACAGCCCGCGGCUGCCGCGACUGUUGGAGCUGCUGGGCGACCCGGGGCGGCUGUGGUCCCCGUUCGGGCUGCGGAGCCUCAGCGCGCAGGAUCCCGGGUACGGCGGCGGCGACGAUUACUGGCGGGGCGCGGUUUGGGUCAACCUAAACGUUCUGGCGGCGCUGCGGCUGGCCGAGCUGGGUGGCGCGAGCAACGGAAAGGGAGAAACCACGGCCGCCGCCGCAAGGUUGGGCGCGGAGCUGAAGAAGCGGCUGGUAGAAACAGUGUACCAGAGCUGGAAGCAGACAGGGUUCGUGUGGGAGCAGUAUUCGGACAAGACCGGGGAGGGAAGACGGAGCAGGGCCUUUACCGGCUGGACCGCCUGUGUGAUUCUGCUGAUGGGCGAUACCAAGAGCGGAGCAGGAGGUCGAGGAGGAGAGGGGGCAUAUACAGACGGGGCCCGACGAUCAGGCUGGUGGUCCGGGCCAGGCGCGAGCAGAUCAGGGUCCGGGACAGGGAAUGGCGCCUCUACACUCACGGUCAUCGGGGUCAUGGGGGCGCUGGCGGCGGUGGCGUUGUUGAGGCGAACGCUCUUUGGGCUCUUCCGGGGCUUGGUCGACCGCGUGCGGGGGACGUGGGGGUAUGCGCGGGUGCAGCACCGGGCUUCAGACUAGAAGGACUAUACUUACAAGGUCACCUUCAAGGGACCGGGCCCUAGCAGUCACCAUCAAGUAGUGAUGUGCAAGGCCCUACGAUAUCGUGGGUUGCAGCGUUUAUUCUGUUGGUUUG